AUGGCACCAGCCCCCCUUUCGCCAGACAGUGCAAAGUGCACCUUUGAAACGGAACUUCCCUAUGGCUUGGGAUCGACUAACCCAUGUCCAACCGCUGUUCACAUGGAACCUUACUGUUCCUCACGAGGACGGUCGGCACCAUACCUGACCACUGGAAAGCCCCCAGAGUUAUACAAACCUGGGCGGCCCAGCUCCUGGCGGGACACUGAAAGGUAUUCUGUGCGAGACACAGACCUUUACGUUAGUGCUAGGAAUAUUUCUUCACUACCUCUGCAGACAACAACUCCUUUCGCCCAUCAAAAGGCAAAGGCCUGCCAGUUCUCUGCUGGACCUACGUACCAGCCUUUCCGCCCCCCAACCCUCAUCAAAAGGCCCUCCUAUUUGUUUAGCGAUGAAUCAGACCCAAGGCGGUCGUUGCAGACGACCAUCUGUCUUGCCGACAGACUCUCUGGUAGCUUCUUCGAAAGAAAACAUGCCCAUUGGAGGCAUUGUCAUCAGCCUCCUUCGACCCGGGGACAUCUUCCCUGGCAUGGAUGGACAGGGCUUGUUGGCAACAUGAACGGUGGUGGUUGGUGCCUGGGGGGGAUAAAGACGAGCAGAUACGGGUGUGCCAGAGAUACCCUGAGGAGAACGAGGGGCGAGUUGGCUCGUGUUGUUGUUUCUGGUAACAACCGUCGUGGCUAUGCUGCCAACAGCAUGAGCCUCAUUGCACCCCGAUCUCCUCGGGGUCUCUGGGCACCUGUGGCAUACCAGAAUCGCUGGUUGGUUUGGAAUGAGCACUGCUCUGACUAUGCCUGA